AUGGGUCGAAGGACUGUUACCGGAGGAGGCGUUAAAGGCAGGGGGGGGGGGGGGGGGGGGGGGGGGGGGGGGGGGGGGGGGGGGGGGGGGGGGGGGGGGGGGGGGGGGGGGGGGGGGGGGGGGGGGGGGGGGGGGGGGGGGGGGGGGGGGGGGGGGGGGGGGGGGGGGGGGGGGGGGGGGGGGGGGGGGGGGGGGGGGGGGGGGGGGGGGGGGGGGGGGGGGGGGGGGGGGGGGGGGGGGGGGGGGGGGGGGGGGGGGGGGGGGUAG